AGGGUCCUGUUAUAUCCUUGAGGACACACAGACAUGAAGAAAUAGAAGCAUCAGUUGAGGCCCUCCAGCUGACCUCCGGGCUAAGUCCUGGCCGUGGGGCUUUGUUGUUGGUGGGCCAGCUGAACAGGCUUGUAUGUGAGUGAGAGGUAAUGAAGUCCAGUAUGAGGCAGUGGCGGAGGCUGGUGCUGGCGGGAAUGCUGGCCUGGGUUCUCCUCUUCCUCGCCCUCCUCUCUUACUUCCUGGAUGCUCGUGUGAAUGAGCCCCUGACCUCAGCUGGCUCUUUACUCUCCCAGCACCCUGACACCCGUCGCCUGGCCUCUAUACAGGCCUCCCAUCAACAGCCUGCCAACCUGGGCUCCCGACCUGAACUGGCUUCCACCUUAACUACAAACUACCCCAGAGAUGAGUCAGAACCAGAGCCCUCUGCCAGCUCCACAACCCCAGAGUUCAGCCUGGAGGUGAGCCACAGCCCGAACAGUGCUCCCUACUCUAUUUAUGGUGGCCAGGAGGCCAGCCAUCAGGACUACCUGGACCCACAGAGCCUGGCGGCCUGGUCCUCCUUUGGUACAGAAAAUGUGGGUUCUCACUCAGACCCUGCAGUCCAGAGUCGUGAGAGAACUUCCCAGACCACAGAGUACCAGAACCAUGGCAGCAACACGCGCUACCACGGUGGGGAGGAGGAAGAAGAAGAAGAAGAAGAUGAUGAGAGGGAAAAUGAAGAUGAAGAACUAGGAAACAGGAGGAGGACUACAACAGGCAGGAGGGCCGGCGGUGACUCCUCUGAUCUAGAGGAAUAUUACUUUUCCAAGUCGGCCUCUGUGGUCCAGCGGCUGUGGCGGGGCCGCGUGUCCGCCGGCAUGCUGAGUCCUCGGCUGCAGCGUGCCAUGAAAGACUACGUCAGUGCCAACAAACACUCUGUUUCCUACAAGGGGCAUCGCAGGGCCGCCCAGAGUGCUAAAGAGAUGCUGUGUCAAAUGAAAGCCCAGGCCCGGCUGAGGACAGUGGACGGGUCAGAGCAGCCAUUCUCCUCACUUGGUUGGGCUCGCCUCGUGCCGUCUCUUCCCCUGGAGCAACUGCACGGAUGGCAGGACCAGAGCAGCUUCAAGACCUGUGCAGUGGUCACUUCGGCCGGUGCCAUCCUGCGCUCAGGACUGGGCAAAGAGAUCGAUACUCAUGACGCAGUUUUACGGUUCAACGCUGCACCUACAGAGGGAUACGAGAGAGACGUGGGGAACAAAACCACUAUUCGCAUCAUCAACUCGCAGAUUUUGGCUAAUCCAAAGCAUCGAUUCAACACAAGCUCAAUUUACAAGAACGUGACCCUGGUGGCCUGGGAUCCUGCACCUUACACUGUCAACUUACACAAGUGGUAUGCCAGUCCCGACUACAACCUGUUUGGUCCAUACGUGGAGCACCGCAAGCUCCAUCCUGACCAGCCCUUCUACAUCCUUCACCCCAGCUAUGUGUGGAGACUCUGGGAUGUGAUUCAGGGCAACACUCAGGAGAAUAUCCAGCCGAAUCCUCCCUCGUCUGGCUUCAUAGGCAUCCUCCUGAUGAUGGCGCUAUGCGAACAGGUGCAUGUGUACGAGUACAUUCCCUCCAUGAGGCAGACGGACCUGUGUCACUACCAUGAGCGUUACUAUGAUGCUGCCUGUACACUGGGUGCCUACCAUCCACUCCUGUAUGAGAAGAGCCUGAUCCAGCGGAUCAACACGGGGCCCGAGAGUGACCUCAGGAGGAAGGGGCGGGUUACUCUUCCAGGCUUAAGCACCGUCAACUGUGACAUCUGAGAUAUGAAACCUAACCCUCUGAGCCCAAACAUACACACACACACUCUAGCCUUUUCUGGCUGACUAAGGGAGAGGUGCAAUAAAACCACUCGAGACAAGGAGGCUGGAGCGUUGAAGUUUCAAAUUAGACCCAUGAAGAACAUAAGCCAUAGCCCUCCAGGGAGGGAUCAACGUGGAGGCUUCUAAAAGAACUUGUCUUCAUUAAGAUGGUUUACUAGACCAGAGACUGGCAGGAAGAGUCUUCGAGAUGGAGCUGAAAUAGACAUUUUUCUCUGCUUUAGCUGAGCCACGUUAGCUGUGGAGCUGACUAGGGUAGCAACAGAUUAAUGUUUUUAGAUAGACAAGUGAAUUUUCAAUAACUGGGUGUGUUUCAAUGGUGUAAUAUGUGUUUUUCAAUAAGAUGGGUGGUUCUCCACUUAAAAAGGAAAUGCCACUGUUUAUGGUGGAUAUUUGUGAUUUUUUUUUUUUUUUCUUUUUUCUUUUUUUUACUGGUCCAAAGGGUAGAGAAUAAGUAAGAAGUCAUCCACGCUGAAUGUCAUAAAUGCAACAUACACUCAGAAAUAUACACCCACUCACACAAACAUGCACCUCUGUACUGUACUUUUUAAGCUUAAUUACAAAUUAGUCUCCUGUGCAUGCCAAUUAGCCAGCUCACAACCACCAGUUGUCACUCCUUGUUCACACAUGUAGGAUCAUUUCCUCAUUCAGUGUCAGUUUGUAGCCCACAGGACGCCCAAGGCACUGGUUGUCCUGUUUUGGUUACCCUACCUAUAGUAACUUUUUUUUUUUUUACUGACAGUUUACUUAAACUAAAGUUAAUGGGGCCAAAUUGGAUUUUGAGAACAAACCGGUGCUCAGAACAGCCGUAACCCUGUGCCUAGUGGUCAGCUGAACACUUUCCUCGGGUUGCCUUGUGACUGUUCAGAUACAUGCAGUACAUACUGUGGCAGGACUGCAGUAACGUGGAGUUUAAUUGCAGUGAGAGGUGCGGAGCAGUUGAUAUUGCUGAAGUGAGCUGUAUCAGGGGAUUUGUAGCUCUGCACUCAGCAAUCACCAGCCCCUGUUUUUUUUUUUGACAGUUCACUCUUUAUUGAAUGUAAUUUUACCAUUGCGUCUAAUGGCCAAACCCUCCCUGGUGGUCACCGCUGCAGUAUGGUAUUCUUUGUCUAUGUCACGUAAGCGCAUGAAGCUCAUUUCCUAAAACUAUUAAUGUGUCAUAUUGGUCUGUAUCUGUCCGCAGCUCAGAGUGGAGACAAUUCUAAAAGAAGAAUUUGAACUGGUAAUAUCCUCAGAUUUGUGUUGUCUCCAGAUAGGAUGAUUUUUAUGUUUACAGUCAGUCAGUGCCACAUCUGCAGCAAGCUCUAGAGGUAGCUUGAAGAGGAGGGUUGGUUGUGAUUUUUGCUGCAGACUUUCAGUCAGAUAAAUCUUGCCUAUAAUAGAUUUUUUUUUUGCUAAGUGUACUAUUAUACAAAAUGUUCUCGUGCCAUUGGUUGUGGUUCGUAAUAAGAUGUGAAAACUUGUCUCAGAAAUGUUGCAUUGAAUAGUCUGAUGUAUGUUGAAGUAGAUGGCUCUGUAGAAGUAGUUUGUAGAUGAUUCUGGGGCUUAGCAUUACUUGUUGAGUAGGGCUGGGUAUCAUCCAAAAUGUGUCAGUGCGAUUACAAACGUGUACUGUGCUGAUACCAAAACAACACAUUUUUUGAAAACCUUUUUUUCUACCAAAAAGAACCUUUUUUAUACCUGAUCGAAGGAAAGAAACAAGCAUCCGACCAAGUAUUUGGUGCCACUUUUCAAUACUUGACUUGAAAAAUCUAUUAUGGUAUUUUAUAUUGCAACAUUGACUUACUGUUUAUUAUGAUAAAAUAAAUCUAAUACACCAGCCCUGCAGUGAAUUCACUAAAAUCAAUGGGAGUGGAAAAACACUGCAGCCUCCAAAAUGAUCUUACAGUUUCAUCAAAAUCAGAACAUUAUAACCUUCAGUAAGGUAGGAUUUAUUGUAGGGCUUUUGCAUUAGACUGCAUUACUUUGAGCUAGGUGCUGCUAAUAAAUUGGCGACUGAGUGUAUGUAUAGAUGAAAUAACCAGAUCAGACUAAACAUCAUGACUAAUUCAGUGAAUUACAUACAUGACAAAGGUAUUUCAUCACAUUGAUGCAAAAUCCUGUGGAUCUAAUAAUGCCAUAAAGCGGUUCUCCUCAUUGAUUUGCAGCUGCCUCGGCACAAAUUGUAUGGAAAUAUUUCUGACAGUUGACAAAUGGUCUCAUGUUGUAUAUAAGGUCAUAUCGUCCAACCCUUCUUGGCGGUCUUUGAUAAUUGAUGCUAUGGACGAAUUUUGCUUGGAUGCAAGAAAGUAUUGAGGUUUGAUACCCAGCCCCAGUUUCAGGUUGAUGGUUUGGCAUGUGAUUUAGAAUAUAUUUGGACCAAGAAACCCAGUUAAGUCAGUAACUGUUAGAGGACUGUAAUAGACUAAAGAAAACAUUUUUGAAGCUGGAGGAGAUUUACCAUUCAUUUUGAAUCAUGCAGUUUCUCGGCUCUGCUGUAGUUUUUACAUUUCUCUGUUGAGAUAAAUGAUCAAAUGUUUUAUUGCUUGUGAUUGUAACACACUGAAGGUGCAGAAACCCUGAACAUAUUGUACAUGUAUAUUUCUAAUAACUUUGAUUAUUUUCCAAUGCACAGAGCAUGCAAAUCAGGGCUAAGAGUCUUAAACUGUCUGUGCUGUACUGUGCUGCAAGUAAACACCAUUGUCAUUAAUGUUGUGAGAGGCUAUGAGAUUUUUUAUUUCUAAAGUGGUGUUUUGCAGAUUUUAGUGCAUGCUUGUGAACAGGGAAAUCACGUCCAGCUGCGGUGCAGCUAUUAGCAGUUCCCUGGGAGCACUUUAUUAAGUGCAAUGCCUUCUGGUAACUUCAUGUUUGCAUCUUAAUAUUGUGCCAAAUUCCAUUUUUAGUUAUGUCUCAGCAGGAUGGCGGUGGGUGCGAUGUGGUCUAAAGAGUAAUAGCAGGACUUCUAAGGUGCUAUUGCUUCUCUCCGGGAUGCUUCAUGAGUAACAUAAUUAAAUUUUGAAGCCUAUUAAAAACUUAAAUUCUAUUGCCAGUUUAAAAAACGGGAGAUCAGAAUUUUAAUGCCUGACCAUUGGUGUAGUGGUGAGAAGAGAGAACAUAUUUGUAGACACUCCAUUUUGCCCGAGUCUCUUUCUCUCCACUCUUUACUUUCAAGGCCUGUUUUUCAUAUUAUUGUGGGAAUAGCUGCACCACACUGCCUCUAAAGGAUUGUUCAACAUUUAAGUUUUACAUUCCCCUCCUGCAGCUUCCUGCAGAAUUUCUGAAAAGAGGAAGAGCAAAAGAAGCAUCCAUGACGGAAAAAGAGCGAAAGUCCUGUUACACUUUGAACAGCCUUAGGGCGUUGACUUUGAUUUAUCAGUGAAUUCUCUUCUUAUUACACUUGAAUUGAUAUUUAAAUAGACCAUUUGUAUGAUUUCAGCUGUUGUAAUCUGUCUUUUUCUACUGUGUAAAUAAAGCUGUUGUACAUGUCA